AUGGCCGUCGAACCCGUUCCCACGUCUUCUCCCGUGGCCACUUCCGAACUGACCAAGAUAGCCACCGAGGCCUGCGAUUUCGCCCUCAAGGAUGUAACGGAAUACGAUCACUCCCGGGUCGCAGACUGGAACUCGCACAUUAUUAACACUAUCCUCAAAGCCCUCAUCAGCGCCACGGCUCCCUCCACCGCCUCGUCUUCUCCCCCGUACCGCUUCGUUGUGAACAGCACCAUUGUCCAACAGGGCCUGAUCGACAAGUCCGCCGCUGCGGACGGUGCCACCGCCAAUGCCGGCAAGCGCGGAAUGCACUCCGCCUCCGGCGCCUUCUGGGACGUCAACCGGGACGGGAUGUGGACAUUUAAAUACCCUGGUGCCGAGGAGAGGGGCCUGGACGUUGUUGUCAGUGUGACGUGGUUUGCACUGGGUUGA